AUGGACCCAUACGUGAUUCAGAUGAACGGCACUGGCAACCUGCCCUCAGUUCUGGAUGUGCAUGUCAACAUCAGUGGGAGAAGCUCUGCACCAGGAAAAACGAAAGGCAGGAAGGCCAGAUGGUCUGUGAGGCCCUCGGAUAUGUCCAACAAAACUUUUAAUCCCAUCCGGGCCAUCGUAGACAACAUGAAGGUGAAGCCCAAUCCAAACAAAACCACGAUAUCUCUGUCAAUCGGAGACCCUACUGUGUUUGGAAACCUACCUACAGACCCUGAAGUUACUCAAGCAAUGAAAGAUGCCCUGGACUCAGGGAAAUAUAACGGCUAUGCUCCGUCUACUGGCUACCUAUCCAGUCGGGAGGAGGUUGCUUCUUAUUACCACUGUCCCGAGGCACCUCUAGAAGCUAAGGAUGUCAUUUUGACAAGUGGCUGCAGUCAGGCUAUUGAACUUUGUUUAGCUGUGUUGGCCAACUCGGGGCAAAACAUUCUAGUUCCAAGACCUGGUUUUUCUCUCUACAAGACUUUGGCUGAAUCUAUGGGGAUUGAGGUCAAAUUCUACAAUUUAUUGCCAGAGAAGUCUUGGAAAAUUGACCUGAAACAACUGGAAUCUCUGAUUGAUGAAAAGACAGCUUGUCUCAUUAUCAAUAAUCCAUCAAAUCCCUGUGGGUCAGUGUUCAGCAAAAGUCAUCUUCAGAAGAUUCUGGCAGUGGCUGAAAGGCACUGUGUCCCAAUCUUAGCUGAUGAGAUCUAUGGAGACAUGGUGUUUUCGGGUUGCAAAUACAAACCACUAGCCACGCUCAGCACCAACGUCCCCAUCCUGUCCUGUGGAGGGCUGGCUAAGCGCUGGCUGGUUCCUGGCUGGAGGUUGGGCUGGAUCCUCAUCCAUGAUCGAAGAGACAUUUUUGGCAAUGAAAUCCGCGAUGGGUUGGUCAAGCUGAGUCAGCGGAUCUUGGGACCCUGCACCAUUGUCCAGGGAGCUCUGAAGAGCAUUCUGCGACGCACCCCUCAGGAGUUCUACCACAAAAUUCUAAGCUUCCUCAAGUCCAAUGCUGAUCUCUGCUAUGGGGCAUUGGCUGCCAUCCCUGGACUCCGGCCAGUCCUCCCUUCUGGGGCCAUGUACCUCAUGGUUGAAAUUGAGAUGGAACAUUUCCCAGAAUUUGAGAAUGACGUGGAGUUCACAGAGCGGUUACUUGCUGAGCAAUCUGUCCACUGCCUGCCAGCAACGUGCUUCGAGUACCCGAAUUUCUUCCGAGUGGUAAUCACGGUCCCCGAGGUGAUGAUGCUGGAGGCUUGUAGCCGAAUCCAAGAGUUCUGUGAGCAGCACUACAAUUGUGCUGAAGGCAGCCAGGAGGAGUGCGAUAAAUAG